AAUCGUUUUCUUACUAAACCCAUUGCAUGCAUGCAAGUUACGUUUUUGUGUAUACACACAAAUUCCCGUUCGAUUAUUUACUUAACUAUAAAGUUUAAGAAUAUUUAUAAUGAAGAGGAAAACUCAUAAGACAAGACGACAGAUUCAAGCACAAAAAGUAACAAUUGCUUCAAAAUUAGUGCAAAAAGCAAAUUCAGUUUUUAAUCCUUUAGAAACUCUUGUUCAUUUUCAUGAGUAUACUUCUAAAGAUUGUGCAGUGAUACAAUUAGAUUGUAAACGUGUUACAAAUCUUUUACCUGAAACACUAACAUGGAUUUUUAAUUUAUUGGAACUAAACAUGAAAGCAAGAUAUGAACAAUCAAAUUGGGGAUGGAAUAAAAUAGCAAAAGAAGCAGAACUUACAGAAAAUAAUGCUUGGUACUUAAUUGCAUCUUCAGAAGGAAAAAUGAUUGGCUUUUCUCAUUUCCGGUUUGAUAUAGAUAACGCAGUGGAAGUAUUAUAUUGUUAUGAACUACAAUUAGAAGCAUUGGAAAGACGCAAAGGACUUGGUCGUUUUAUGAUGAACUGCCUUGAAGCUAUAGCUGCUAAUAAUAAAAUGCAAAAGGUUGUUUUGACAGUUCAUAAACAUAAUCCAAUGGCUUUAUCAUUUUUUUAUAAGCUUAAUUAUAAAAUGGACGUCACAAACCCACCCCCAUCAGAUGGAGUUGAUUACAUGAUUUUAAGUAAACAAAAUCUACAACAUGUAUAAUUAUUGAUGAUUCAAUUAUCUUAUAUC